AUGUUCGUCUCGACGGCAUGGCACGAGCUGGGACCGAAACAAUCGGAGUGGGAGGGGGAGGCAACGGAGGGGACGGAGACAGAGGGUCCCCGUCGACAGAACCUAGGACCCGGAGGAGUCGCGAUCGCCUUCGACGGGGUGGUCGGCGAACCGACACGCAUAGAGACCACUGGAGAGGCCACCUCAGGUGCCUAUGGCUCAGAGCAUACCGACGACGAUGAAGACACUGCGGGCGUCAGACGUGGGGACGGUGUUGGCGACGCAGAUGAGGUGUUCGACGAUGAGCUGGGAGAAGCAGAGGACUCGGAGCACAUGGAGGGCAAUGAGGACACCACAGUCGUCAAUCGUAGCGACGGCGUCGGCGACGCCGACCGGGUACUUGAAGAGGAGGAGGGCAGCGACGAAUGCGAGCGCCGCCUCGGCCGAAGAGCGAACCGCUCCGCCUGCGAAAUGUGCGAAGGCCGCGCCAUCUGCAUCGAGCGCACGCCAGCCAAUGCGCACGAGUGUCGCACUGCCGCGCCCAAAGGUCACAGCUGGACUGUCUUGGCGGUGUGGUACACCGAAUAA